GCUGUGAUUGAAUUCAACAUGUCGGUGUAACCGUUUUUUUUAAUACCUCGUUAGGUCCGGUUCGAGUAGUGAUUUAUUACGUGUGCAUAAUCUGUAGGGGUGGAGCUAAUUACGCAUAGUGCUAAUUGUGAAAGAUAAAUAAUUGUGCGAGGCAAGAAAUAAUAAAGUCGUAACAAUAUGAUGCAAUUUAUGUUACUGUUCAGCCGUCAAGGGAAGCUUCGUUUGCAAAAAUGGUAUGUCGCACAUCCAGAUAAAUUGAAAAAGAAAAUAACGCGUGAACUUAUUACUACGAUACUCGCACGAAAGCCCAAAAUGUCGAGUUUCUUAGAAUGGAAGGAUGUUAAAGUGGUUUACAAAAGAUACGCAAGCUUAUAUUUUUGCUGUGCGAUUGAGCAAAAUGACAAUGAAUUGCUGACUUUGGAAAUUAUACAUCGAUAUGUUGAAUUAUUGGAUAAGUAUUUUGGCAGUGUAUGCGAGCUGGACAUAAUUUUCAAUUUCGAAAAGGCAUACUUUAUAUUAGAUGAAUUGCUUGUCGGUGGAGAGAUUCAAGAAACUAGCAAAAAAAAUGUAUUGAAAGCCAUUGCUGCCCAGGACCUAUUACAGGAGGACGAAGCUGUGGAAGAAAAUCUGCGGGAGGUAGGGCUUGCAUAGGUAUCCUCUUGUUUGCAUGAGCUUCAUGGACAAAAUCUCGACCCACAUGAUCGACCGAAAAACCAGAAAGGGCUUACCCGCUGCAUGAUGCCAUUACGACUUUACUACAUAAAUACACUAAUUUUCAAGUCAACUUUACUAGUCAUAUACAGAAUGUUUGAGAACAUCGUGCAUUUUUCUCGAUUAUAAGUUCCUCAGUAAGAUUAAGAAAAGCUAAGAGUUUCUAUCAUUUUCUGAAUUACUGGAUAUCGAAUAUGAAAUAUUAUAGCAAUAAAAAUUCUAAAACGUAAGAUCUUGUCUAUUUAAAGACUUGAAAAAUAUUCAGGAAAAAAAUCGAUUUUCAUAUUCUUACAAUCCGAAGCUUCGAUGUUGAAUCAAGCGGUACUCUUUUUAGCUUUCAGUACUCAUAAUCGAGAGAAAGUGUACGAUGCUUAAAGCACUCUCUGUGUAUGUAAGAAAAAAUUUUUAUAUUGAGAAAAUCGUCUCUUGCAUAUAGAAGAAAAUGUUAUGUUACCAAUGAAAGGCUGAACUACAAUUUUUAAAUCCUAAUUAUAACUCUUUGAAGUACAUAAUAACGAGUAUAAGUGAUGAUAGUUACCCUCCGUAGUUUAGUCUUCAACUGUGGCAAUAAAAAUUAUCUGUACUCAUAAGUUAUUUUUAUGAAAAGAUUGUACAUGUGCUACACUGAAAGGCGUCAGUAUUAAUGCGACUAUUUAUAUAGAACAUAUACUUCUUAUAUACAUCUACUUAUUCUACUUAAAAACAAAAAAUGGCAAAUCGAAAUUUACCUUUAUAUAUUAUAUAUGUAUAUAUUGUAUAAGCAUCGUCAAUUUUUAAUGUUAUUAUACAUUAAGUUUUAAGUGUACUUAGUAAUAAAUGCAUAGAA